UCUUUUUUAAAAUAUUUAUGGAUACUGUAAAUAUUGAAACUGAUUGUAUUUCCUUAUUUGUAUUGCUUCCUGAAAGCUUCAAGUUAAAUUUGUGGUCCAUCUUUCACAAAUAUGUAGAUUUUUACUCUGGCUUCUUUUUAUCUUAAGUCAAUAAGAAUGCAGGCUCUGGAAUCAGGUAGAUUGGGUUCAGAUCUUGGUGCCAUCAUUCAUUAGCUGUGUUGAAAUCAGGCAAGCCACUUAAUCUCUGAGCCUCAGUUUUCCCAUCUAUGAAAUGGAGUUAAUUGUAUAAUAGAUGUAAGCACCUGUAAUAGUUCUUGACAUGUCCUGAAUACUCCAUACUUUUUCCCACUUUCAUAUUCCCUUUGUUUCACUCCAUCUACUUUAAAAAAUAAUUGAUUUUAUAUGAUUUAUAAUAUUUUAUUUAUUGUAAUCUACCUAAAAUAUUUCUUGGAACAAGGCAGAGUAAGCAUAGAUAAAUGUUGGUUACUUAGCACAUUUUACAUAAAAUCCAGCAAUUAAAAACAUUCACAAUUGCUUUGCCAUACUAUUUCUAAAUUUACUGAGAUUUUGAAACUAGACAUACAUGAAGAUUUACUUUUAGUCCACCUCACUUUCAUUCUCUUCCCUUUUCACCUCAAACACACAUUACCAAGGAAAUUUUCAGUAUUAUUUGUGUAGGUGUGACAGUGGUUUUCUUAAGACAUUUUUUUGUUGCAACCUUGUAGGUUAAAAGUUUCACUGUCCUUUGAAGUUCUGUCACAAGACCAGGGAAGUGCAUUCGUUAUAAAACUACUUAAUAAAUAAGUUCCCCAGUUUGAAGAGCUAGACUUUUAUGUGAGGUCAGGCCAGUUGAAGACAUUUACAAAGAAUUAGUUGUUUGUUAUUGCUGUGUGAGUUGCAAGAAUGGAAAAAAAAGAAAUUCUUUCUUCAAUACUUCCUUCCAGGCUGAGUCAUCACUAGAGAGUGGGAAGGGCAGCAGCAGCAGAGAAUCCAAACCCCAAAGCUGGUAUCACAAAGUACCUUUUCUCCAAGUUGGGGGCUCAGAGGGGCGCCAUCAUGAGCGAUGUUACCAUUGUGAAAGAAGGUUGGGUUCAGAAGAGGGCUCCCAAGAGGCUCAGCAUUGGGAGGCACCAGAUACUAAGGAAAGUUGAGGUCAGAAGUGGAGCUGAAAACGGAGAUUGGUCAGAAAAUAGUAGCAGGAGUAUUUUGUGUGGUGAAAAGUUGCUGUACUACUCUCAUGACACUGUUCUCCAAAGCCUGGAUCAAAGGGCAGAACAGGAGACUAUGGGAGAAUAUAUAAAAAACUGGAGGCCAAGAUAUUUCCUUUUGAAGACAGAUGGCUCAUUCAUAGGAUAUAAAGAGAAACCCCAAGAUGUGGAUUUACCUUAUCCCCUCAACAACUUUUCAGUAGCAAAAUGCCAGUUAAUGAAAACAGAACGACCAAAGCCAAACACAUUUAUUAUCAGAUGUCUCCAGUGGACCACUGUUAUAGAGAGAACAUUUCAUGUAGACACUCCAGAGGAAAGGGAAGAAUGGACAGAAGCUAUCCAGGCUGUAGCAGACAGACUCCAGAGGCAAGAAGAGGAGAGAAUGAAUUGUAGUCCAACUUCACAAAUUGAUAAUAUAGGAGAGGAAGAGAUGGAUGCUUCUACAACCCAUCAUAAAAGAAAGACAAUGAAUGAUUUUGACUAUUUGAAACUACUAGGUAAAGGCACUUUUGGGAAAGUUAUUUUGGUUCGAGAGAAAGCAAGUGGAAAAUACUAUGCUAUGAAGAUUCUGAAGAAGGAAGUUAUUAUUGCCAAGGAUGAAGUGGCACACACUUUAACUGAAAGCAGAGUAUUAAAGAACACUAGACAUCCCUUUUUAACAUCCUUGAAAUAUUCCUUCCAGACAAAAGACCGUUUGUGUUUUGUGAUGGAAUAUGUUAAUGGGGGAGAGCUGUUUUUCCAUUUGUCGAGAGAGAGGGUGUUCUCUGAGGACCGCACACGUUUCUAUGGUGCAGAAAUUGUCUCUGCUUUGGACUAUCUACAUUCCGGAAAGAUUGUGUACCGUGAUCUCAAGUUGGAGAAUUUGAUGCUGGAUAAAGAUGGCCACAUAAAAAUUACAGAUUUUGGACUUUGCAAAGAAGGGAUCACAGAUGCAGCCACCAUGAAGACGUUCUGUGGUACACCAGAAUAUCUGGCACCAGAGGUGUUAGAAGAUAAUGACUAUGGCCGAGCCGUGGAUUGGUGGGGCCUUGGGGUUGUCAUGUAUGAAAUGAUGUGCGGGAGGUUACCUUUCUACAACCAGGAUCAUGAGAAACUUUUUGAACUAAUUCUAAUGGAAGACAUUAAAUUUCCUCGAACACUCUCUUCAGAUGCAAAAUCAUUGCUUUCAGGGCUCUUGAUAAAGGAUCCAAAUAAACGCCUUGGUGGAGGACCAGAUGAUGCAAAAGAAAUUAUGAGACACAGUUUCUUUUCUGGAGUAAACUGGCAAGAUGUGUAUGAUAAAAAGCUUGUACCUCCUUUUAAGCCUCAAGUAACAUCUGAGACAGACACCAGAUACUUUGAUGAAGAAUUUACAGCUCAGACUAUUACAAUAACACCACCUGAAAAGUACGAUGAGGACGGUAUGGACUGCACGGACAGUGAGAGGCGGCCGCACUUCCCUCAGUUUUCCUACUCUGCAAGCGGACGAGAAUAAGUCUCUUCUGCUACUUCACUGUCAUCUUAGAUUUAUUACUGAAAAUGAUUCCUGGACAUCACAGCAGUCCUAGCUCUUACAAAUGCAGGAGCACCUUCAGACAUCCCAGACCAGUCCAAGGUCUUCACCCCUCGCCGCCUUUCACCCACAUGAGAACACACAUAUAUGCAGACAUACUCGACUUUUGUUUUUGCAUGAAAUUGUAUCUCAGUCUAAGGUCUCAUGCUGUUGCUGCUACUGUCUUACUAUUAUAGCAACUUUAAGAGGUAAUUUUACAAUCUUUGGAAGUCAUGAGCCCACCGUUGUUCAUUUGUGCACCAACUGUCACCUUUGAUCUUUUAAUUUUCGUUUUUCCCUAACAGUGAAGGCUAAAUGAUUCUAGGUAUAUUUUUUAACUUUCUAGACGAUAAAUCAAAAACUAAUUAGACUAAGAAGAUUUAGUUUAUAGUUCAGAACAAGCAAUUGUGGAAGCGUGGUGAUGUGCAUAUGCAAAAUUUUAGUAAAGCAUAUCAGAUCAGUGCGUAAAAUAGGUAUGUAUCAGUAAGAUCCUACUGGAAUUCAUUAGGAAGCAUUUGAGAGAAGGAAUGAACAACUAUUAAGAUAGAUAUAUACAUUUAUAAAUUUAAAUUCUUAUUCGAUACUGCAGAGGAAGCCUGAUAUUACAUGUGGAUGUCCAGAUUUCACAGGCAGUUGUUGGCAAAGGAACAUUGUUCGACCAAGGAAGGAAGCAUAUGCACAGCAGGGUAGGUCACUUAAAGGGUCUACGAUAUGAUUUGCACCAGAGAGCGUUUUAUUUCCCCUGUUCUUGGAAACCUUUUUCCCUUCUUGAUAUUAUCACCUCUGAUGGCUGAAGAAUGUAGACAGGUGUAAUGAUCCUGCUUUUCACCAAAAUUUGUACACCAAGGUAAACAGGUGUUUGCCUUAUUUGUUUUAAUUUUUUACUUUCAGUUCUACGUGAAUUAGCUUUUUCUCGGAUGUUAAAACUUUGAAUGUCCUUUUAUGAUUUUGUUUAUGUUGCAGUAGUAUUUAUUUUUUAGUGAUGAGAAUUGUAUGUCAUGUUAGCAAAUGCAGCUCCAACUUAACAUAAAACAGACUUAACUGCAGUUUCUUUUGACCCAUGUGCAAGGAAUGUACACGCCGAUGAGAAUCAUGCACUUUUUCUCCUAUGUAAAAACAAAAUUUUGAUGAGGCUCUGAAAUUGUACAUAUAGAUUAGAAUUUGGCUUUAGGAGAAGAGAUGCUGUCAUUUAACCCCUUGGUGCUAAAAAUGAGAAAUCCCCAACUAUCCAUGCCAAGGGGUUGAAACAAAUGGAUGUUAUAUUUGCUCUUUUGAGAAUUGAAAUAUUAUGACGGCCUGGCAACAUAAUGUAAUGAAGAAAAUUGAGACCUGGAUGAUAAGAAAUGAACUUUACUUGGCAAAAUGAACACAUCUCAAGUAUUUACGAAGUGGGCAGUAAAGGAUAAGGACCUGGUGUGUUUAUUCUGAUCAUGGUACAUUUAUCACUGAAUUAAGCCAUCAGGGAAAAAACAAAACAAAAAAGAACACCUCCAACUUUUCUUUUUCUGUAUAUACUCAUGUCCUCAAAUUCCGACACUUCUCACUGAAAGGGGACAUGUAUGCAAACCUCAUCUUUCUCUUUCAUUGAUGAUGAUCUUCAGAUUAAACCCUUUGGUGCUAGGAGCUGACAUUUUCCAAAGCAGCCUAUGAAGUCCAGGGGGCUCCUGACUCCGUGGAGCCAUCGUGGAGAUGUAUUUUCGUUAAACUAUCUGACAGCUCCCAAAUGGAAGACUACAGCAUGGCGUAGUGUACGAAAGAGCAAGUGACUUUCUAAGUAGGAUGAAUCAUAUUCAUAUGCAGAUGUCUUAGCCUCUGGACGCUGGAAGUGUGGGUUUACAGAUAUGAAACCACUGCUGGCAGUGGGUGGACCACUGGGACUGACAGGGGGUUAAAGGGCAUUUUACUAAGGCAGCUAAGACAUAUUCAGACAUAGAUUUUAUCCUAAUUUUUCAUAUUUCUACCUGAGUGAAGUUCAUCCUUAGUACUGAGUAGGAAGUUACAGUAAAAUGGUAGUUCAUUCUUACUUACACAUAUAGCUCAACUUUUUUUUUUCACUUGGAAUUAUGUUGAAUGUUUCACUUUGACAAGAAAGUAGACUAGAAGGUAUGUCCUGUAAGUUGUCUUGCAUCCAUUAUAUAAAAAAGGAACAGGUGAGAGGAAGAGAGGAAAGCUGAGACUGGCUGGUAUUCAGAGCAUUCAUUUCUUCAGAGGGAAAGUAUACCAUACACUAAGCACACAGAUAGUUUUGGGGUUUUCCCCCCUCCCCAAAUCUUAAGGUGAUUUCCAUGACCUUGGCCAAGGACACUUCCUAAGGAUUAAUGACAGCGUUGACUGUGCCUCAGGCUGGCCACUCUGCACAGCUGGCUCUCCGUCCCCAGCUGGUGCCCGGGGCUUAGUCCCGUAUCCCCUCCGAGAUUCUGUUAGCGUCACACAGGGUGUGUUGUUGGCUUUGAUUUUUAAGAAUCCCUUACUUUCACUCCCGGAUCUCAGUCAGCUGGCAUGGAAAAACAAUAGAAAACCAGAAAUGUGUGUAGAAGGAGAUUCUAAAACUUCCCUCAUGUCUGCCCAUAGCUGAAGUUUCGGAUUCUGGUGGACGGAAAGGCCUGGCCCUGGAAUCACUCUGUCAGAAUAGCAGAAGUUCAGGCUUUGCAGACUCCUUCCUGUACCAACUUCCUUGAAGUCUGCCUCUUGCCAUGAUGCAGCCAUCUUGGAGGAAAUUGGCCGUCUCUGCUUGGACCUUUGGCAGGGCUGCUCACAGCUUUGCUUUCCACACUAACUACAUAGCAUUAUUCCAGUGUUUUCCAUUUCCCAUACCUGAUUUCCAGCUUCUUAAAGCUGACUGUUCUUGCAAGGGCCACUUGCUUCUCUUAGAGUACAAAGUAAGGGCCUUCCUUACUAACUGCAGGGUCUUUCUAUUACACCUCAGCGUACACACUUUGCUGCUACUGUUUGUACUGUGUCUACAGUAGAACUCCCUUAUCUUGCUCCUGGUACUGCAUUACAGGCAAGCAUGAAAUGUAAAGUAUUUAUUUAAAUAAGAAGAAAACCUCUAAAUUGGUAAUUGAAUUACCUCCCUGUAGCUUUAUAGUUUGUGACAUUUCUUGACCUUGCUAGUUCUUUCAUUAGAUCCGCGCAAGAUCUAGUCAUCUGGUUAAGGAUUUCAAGCAGACGCAACUAUGAACCCAAGAAACUGUAUUACUAUUACUGUUGGUCAUACUAAAACUGUUUAUUUCCUUAAGUAUAUGACCCACAAGGAUGUGAAAUAACUACAAGAAACUGUUUUUGUACACUGUACAUCCUUAGUAUUUUUACACGUAUAUGAUAGGGAUGCACAUUAUUUUCCUUCGUACAGACAGCUUAAAUAAAGCACUAUGUCAAUCUGCUA